AACAUCCGGCCAGACACGUUAGGUUUUUUUGGUGUCAGUCUUAGAUCUAGAAAUCUAGACGUUCUAGAUCGAUUAGUCUAGACUCAUAAUUUCUUGUUUGGUUCAUCAAAAUCAACAGAUUUAUAAUACAUUUAUCUAGUCAGGCUCGUUGCAAAGUUAAUAGAUCUAUUUAGAUAGAUUCUUCUCGUUCGUUUGUUUAAAAUAUUUAAAUUGUAAAACUAAAAGUCAAAAAGAAAAAAAAAAUGCCGUCAAAUACGACAAAAGCUGCUAAGCCAAGGCCAAGAGAAACUGUAAACAAAGCCAAUCAUAGCAUGAAUCCAGAUCGUCCAAAAACGUCAGCUGGAAUGAGAGACAGGUCAACAAUUAAGCGUUUACAAAUGUAUCGCAAUUUUAAACCUAAACGAGACAAGUCUGGACGAAUUAUAACACCAGCUCCUUUUCAGUCAACUUUGAAAUCUGGGACAAUGGCUAGAGUUGAACCUAACAGAAAAUGGUUUGGCAAUACAAGGGUAGUAACUCAGAAUGCUCUGCAGGCCUUUACAGAAGCAAUGAAUAAAGUCAAGUCUGAUCCUUACAAAGUUGUCAUGAAUCCAACCAAGAACCCAGUCACCUUAUUGAAUUAUACUCCUAAAGCAGCACCGUCUCCAAGGUUAUUAGAUAGAGAGCCAUUUGAAAAAGUGUUUGGCAAAAAGGCAACUCGGAAAAGACCAACGCUUAGCACUUGUGAUCUUGAUGAAAUGGUAAAAAAUGCAGAAACUGACCUAGCCAAAUGGGAAGAGACUCAGAAUUUGCUGACACCUCAGGAAGAGGGUGUCAAAGAUGGGCAGUUGGAGAUUGUGUUCAAAGCAGGAACUUCGAAAAGGAUUUGGAACGAGCUUUACAAGGUCAUUGAUUCAUCAGAUGUGCUGUUACAAGUAUUAGAUGCUAGAGAUCCUAACGGAACAAGAUGCAGACAGGUGGAGAACUAUUUGAAGAAAGAGAAGCCACAUAAACAUCUGAUAUUUGUAUUGAACAAAGCAGAUUUAGUCCCUAACUGGGCCAUUAAAAAAUGGGUUGCAGUGUUGUCAGCAGAACAUCCCACACUAGCAUUUAGAGCCAGUAUAACAAACUGUUUUGGUAGAGGGGAUAUGAUUUCUCUUCUGCGCCAGUUUACAAAACUCCAUAGCGACAAGAAACAAAUCAGUGUGGGUUUAAUUGGUUAUCCUAAUGUGGGGAAAAGUUCCAUUAUCAAUGCCCUGAAAUCUAAGAAAGUCUGUAAUGUAGCCCCAGUUCCUGGAGAAACUAAGGUGUGGCAGUAUGUGACACUCAUGAAUAGCCUGUUUUUAAUUGACUGUCCUGGAAUAGUAUACCCAACCGGAGCUACCCCAACAGAUCUAGUGUUGAAGGGAGUAGUUCGUGUUGAAAAAGUUGAUCAGCCUGAGGACUACAUACAUGCAGUGUUGGAAAGGGUGAAAAAAGAUUAUCUUGUUAAGACAUAUGGAAUUUCAGACUGGCAAAGUCCUGAAGAUUUCUUAGAGCAAGUUGCUAGAAAAUCUGGAAGGCUACUUAGGGGUGGUGAACCAGAUAUUGGGACUGUUGCCAAAAAUAUACUUAAUGAUUAUCAGAGAGGCAAGAUUCCUUACUUUGUACGUCCACCAGAGUCAGAGCUGGAGGAAGAGGAAGAUGACAGCAUUCCACCAGAAACAGAGGCUGCUACAGAUGUUGAAAAUAAAGAGGAUGACAACAAAGUACUUGAAGCAGAUAUGAAUACCAGUGUCACUGGUGAGGAUGAUGAUGGUGAUGAUGAAGAGAACAAUGAUGAUGACAUCAAGGAGAACAAAGCAGAAGAACCUAUGGUGGAGCAAAAAGCCUCAGCCAAAACUAAACCUCAGAGAUCAGAUGCAAAAGCAAAAGGGAAAAAUAGAAGCGAGAAAAGUCUUGCAGCUCUUCACCCUUUCUUUGAGGUCACAAGUCGCAAACUGGGCGACAUAAAAAAGAAAAUGGCCAAACUAAGGCAGAAUAUUCAGGAGAUACAAAACAAGAAAAAAGCUAGAGAGUUGAAGAAAUCUGUUUCAGAAGUCAGUGAUGUGGAACAGUCAGCUGAAAGUAGUUUGACAGCAACAGACUCAACCAGCAUCAGUCAACAGCCCCAGUUUAUUAAACUGCCGUCUGACGCAACACAGGAAAGAACAUCUGUCACCUGUUACCCAUCCAUUUCACGUAAGAGAAAACUAGAAGAUGCUGAAACAGAAGUGCCAGACAGCGCAACAAAGAAAAAGAAACAGACAGUGCAGACAUCUAGUGGAGUUAUGAUUGUUAGUGAGAUCAGUAGUUCCCCUGCCAAAUCAACAGGUAAUACGCCCACUAUCAAGAAAACACCACCAGCCUCAAACUCUUCUAGUAAACAAAGAAAUAAAAGGAAACGAGAGGAGGAUGAAGAUGAGAAUACACCACGCAUCACUGGACUUCUGAAAAGACGAAUGCAGCGACACAUAAUAAAAGAUAUGAAUAAGAAAAAUGAAUUUUAUAAAGAAACAGAUGUUAAGAACAGGAGAAAGUCAAGGAGAUAAUGUUGUUGUUGAUUUUUGUUGUUUUCAUAUAGUAAUAAAUUGCUAAAUUUAAUUUAUGAACUGAUGUAAUAAAAUGUUUAUUUAUAUAUAAUAAAAACCAAUUGGCUUGUA